AUGAGUUACUUAUCAGCAAUAGGACCUUUAGGGUUGGUAUUAGUUUAUCAACUAUACCAGUCCAAGGCCUCAGAAAUAGAUACCACUAUCUUCGAACUUAAUAAUCAAGUCAAAGCUCUUGAAACCCAAUUACUGGAGAAAUCAAAUCAACUCGAAGCUUUUCAAGAUCAUAACAAUUUAAUUAGCACUCAAGAUAAUAAAGACCACAAGGAUAAAAUCAAUGGUUUGAACAAAGAGAUUGAGCAGUUGAAAACCUCAAAUGAUUCUUUGAAUGAUAAAAUCGUACAACUAACCAAGACCAUCAAUGAUAAUGAAACGAUAUCACGAAAGUAUCAAGAAGAAUUAUCUUUCUUAAAGGAAAAGAUCAAGUUGUUGGAAAUUGACAAGAACAAAUUGGAUUUGGAUUAUAAAAUCAAACUCAAUAACAAGAUCGAAGAACUUAUAACUGAAAAGGACUUGAAAAUCGAAUAUUUAAAUAAAGCCAUUAAUGAUAUAACUAAUGAUAGAGAUGGGAAUCUUGAUUUACAUGUCAAAUUGAUUGAAAAAUCCGAAAAAGAGAUCAGAAAAUAUGAACAGGAUUUGUUAUCAGCCAAUAACAAGUUACAAACAUCAAGUAAAACCAUUGAACAAUUGGAAAUAGACAAGACUUUAUUAUCUGAUAAAAUAAAAGAUAUCGAAACUGAAACCGAAAAGAUGGUUGAGUUGAAAAAACUUGAAAUCGAAGUUGCAGACCUCAAAAAGACGUUGAAAAUUGAAGAUUUAAACGAAAUAAACCAAAAAUUGAACGAUUUUGAUAGUUUGAAGAGUAAAUACAAAGAAAUCGAAGAUUCAAACAAAUCAACAAUUGACGAAUUAUCUGAUUUGAAGAACGAAUAUGAUAUUUUGGAUAACAAAUUCAAUGAAUUGACAUUGAAAUAUGAUGAAUUGAAUGAAGUCCACUUAUUGAAACUGUCAAGUCAAAUAGAACAGGAUCACGAAGAAUUGGUCGAACUCAUACAGAAAGUUUUCAAAGAAACUGAAAACAUUGUUGACGAAGCAUUCCCGGAUUGUCCAUCACCACAGGAUAAAGUGCAAAAAAUUGCCGAUUCGUUGCUGAAAAUCGAAGAAUUAAAGGCAAAUCUCGACGCCAAAGAUCACACUAUUACAACCAUGAACACAAAAAAUGCCAAACUUUCAGAAGAAAUAGAGGUUCUUGAAAACGAACACCGUAAGAAGAUCAGUGAAAUCGAGAAGCUUGAUCAAGAGAUCAAACGAAUGGAAGAUAAUGAAAAUGAGGAAAUAGCCAGUCUCAAAACCACCAUAUCAAAGCUUGAAACUGACCAUAAAGCCAUAUCUGAAACAAAUCAAUCAUUAGAGGCUUCAAAUAAAGAAUUGAAAGAAAAAAUCGAUGAAACCAAUAAGACCAAUAAACAAUUACUCCAAGCUAGAGAUGUCUUAGAUAACAUGAUAAUAACUGAAGAUUCAAAGAAGAAAAGUUUAUUGGAUGAAAUUGAAUCUUUGAAACAACAAUUACAAGAAUCUAAAGAAAAGGCAGAUAAAGAAGAAACCCAAAGAAUCAACAGUGAAACUGAGUUGUCUGAAAUCAAACAACAACUUGAGGGAAAGAAUAAAAUCAUACAACAAUUAGAAAAAGUCCUCCAUACGUAG